AAUAACCUAUUUUUCGUUUAAUUUACAGACAAAUUAAUUACCAAUAACUGUAUUUGUAUCAUUCAGUAUAUAGUACACUAUAAUUUCAGUACAGGGUGAAUUGAUACAAAUACGCUUUAAACCAACAAUAUGUGGUUACACAAGAAAUCAUCACCAUUGGAUAUAACAUAUGAUAUUGUCAGUGCUAGAGGUUCUGGAGAUUCGGUCUCAUUUGUUCACUCUAGAGAGACACCAGUUAAAUGUUACCAGAGACUAGUGCUAGCAUUAGCACUGUUCGCUAUAUUGCUGUGUACUGCUGUACUUGUGAUUGGAAUCGUGUUAUUCACGUCUCACAGCACCUCAGAGACCAACGACAAAGACAAGCCCAUCGCCUGUGUGUCUUGUAACAAACUCAUCAAGACAACCUACGACACAUCCGCUAGUGACCCCCUCUUUGACAUGCUGGUCAGGGUACGCGAUGCCCACGGAGGGAGUGAUCUGUGCUGUGCCUACGACAGUGAGCAGAUGUCCGCGCUCUUAGAAAUGAGCAUGAGAAGACAGGAUGUUAACAAAGCGCCAUUACAGUCCUUCAAUGUAUCAGACUUCUCCUUCAGCCCUGCAUCAACACACAAAAGACUUUUCCCUCCAAAAAAUCCAUACCCAGAAAUGCCAUACCAGGAAAGAGUCCCCCAGUUCGGAAACGGAAGCGUGGUGGUCUUGUUUAAAAACGAGAACGUCACUGCGGACCCCCUGGUGGAACACGAGAGGGGGGUGGAGAUCUUAAAAGAUGGCAUCCGAAUCAUCCACCCGGGGCUCUACUACGUCUACAGCAGUAUCCACUUCCGGCCGGAGUCGGCUCAUCCUUGCAAGAACUUUAAGUACCAGACCUGGGGUCACUAUGUGGAAAAAAUAAGCCCCAACAACCCGGCUCAAACUGGUUGCUUACUAAAGACUGCUCACACUUGCUGUGAUGCGUGCACUAUGGAUGAGGAAACAAGUUAUACAGGUGGUGUUUUUCAUUUGGAGUCUGGUGACGUCAUAAGGAUAGUUAUUUCCGGAUACGGGCUUGUUUACUUCCGACAACAAACAAGUUUUGCAGGGUUGAUGAUGCUCGGCAAUUCCAAUAUCCCAGCGCAGAAAUGACCUGGAAAUGAAAAAGUAGUGCACGUUAACCAAUGCAUCACGCAAAAUCUCAUCUCCAACGUACGUGCACCUUAACCGAAUUCAUUUUGAGUAAAACACUCAAAAGGCAAAAAAAAAAAAAAAACAAUUCACCGAAAGUUGAACAUCUUUACGGAGUAUAAUUGACGCUAUUUUUAAAAAAAGCUAAAUCUGACUAUUUAAUACCUUUCUAUCGAGCUAUUUGUCAUCUAGACAAAUACAACUCUAAUUGGCGACAGUUCUUCUCAGAGCUUUCGUGAAAGAAAUGUAAAAGUAUGCCUAAGUGUAUAAUGCAUGCCUAUGAUUACUCUACUUGCCUUGAGCGGAAGCAGUUAUUUUUGUGUAAUGGCUGACUAGACAAUGUCUUUCAAUUUCAAGCUUUAGAGAGUUAUCCAAGUUCGAAAAAAUGAUAUUUUGUUCACCCAUUUUCAUUAAGAUCACGUUCAUUCUGUGCAGUCAUAUAAUUGAUGUUAUGUGUCAUACACACUCUGUCACUCUGCUAAAUACUUUGAGGAUGUUCUACAACACAAUACAUGCAGCGAGUUAACUUUAAGAGACAUAACGGAUCGUCUCAGACAAGUGUACCAUUCAGACAUUUUUCUACGGAGGAGGGGGGGGGGGGGGGGUGGCAAUAUAUUUUUUGAAAGGAAGAGGGUGGAAACUGAUUAUCAGUGUUUCUUCCAGACUUUUUUCUCCAGGAGGGGGGGGGGGCACUAGAAAUUUUCGGGGUUGGGUGCGGACACUUAAAAGUAUAUAUUUUAUAUAUAAAUUCCAUUCCAUUCGGGUGGGGGGGGGGGGGGCGGUUGAUUUUAUUCGGGUUUGGGGGGCAGAGCCCCUCGAAGAGAUGCUUGGAAUAAAAAAAAAAUUCUAUUUCGUUUGAGGGGACGGUGGAUGUGCUUGGUGACUUUGAAGACAACACGGAUCAAACUUUAACCUGACAUAGACGUUACGGGUUAACUUAAGACUUAACUCACACUCCUUAAGCUUAACAACAGAAUGACUACAUGCAAUAUGACUUUAGACAUAACACACACUCCUUAAGCUUAACAACAGACAUACUACAAGCACCAUGCUAGACAUACUACAAGCACCAUGCUAGACAUAUCACAAGCACCAUGCUAGACAUACCACAAGCACCAUGCUAGACAUACCACAAGCACCAUGCUAGACAUACCACAAGCACCAUGCUAGACAUACCACAAGCACCAUGCUAGACAUACCACAAGCACCAUGCUAGACAUACCACAAGCACCAUGCUAGACAUACCACAAGCACCAUGCUAGACAUACUACAAGCACCAUGCUAGACAUACUACAAGCACCAUGCUAGACAUACUACAAGCACCAUGCUAGACAUACUACAAGCACCAUGCUAGACAUACUACAAGCACCAUGCUAGACAUACCACAAGCACCAUGCUAGACAUACCACAAGCACCAUGCUAGACAUACUACAAGCACCAUGCUAGACAUACUACAAGCACCAUGCUAGACAUACUACAAGCACCAUGCUAGACAUACUACAAGCACCAUGCUAGACAUACUACAAGCACCAUGCUAGACAUACUACAAGCACCAUGCUAGACAUACUACAAGCACCAUGCUAGACAUACCACAAGCACCAUGCUAGACAUACUACAAGCACCAUGCUAGACAUACUACAAGAACCAUGCUAGACAUAAUACAAGCACCAUGCUAGACAUACUACAAGCACCAUGCUAGACAUACUACAAGCACCAUGCUAGACAUACUACAAGCACUAUACUAACUUAACCAGCUUUGAGAAUCAACCCAAAACCUAACAAAGACAUGACUGGGUGACAAUAGACUUGACAAAAUUUCCUUUAGCUAAACAAUUCACAUGUCACAUGUGAACUGAAAACACACUACAGAUCAAAGGAAAACAUUACACAUGCAUGACAGGCUAAGAUAAGGCUUAACAAACACACCAUAAUACUAAACAGCACACACACACUGCACGCAUCAAGAUAAAUUAAAGGACACUUCAUAUCAACUUUUUACAUCACAGAAGCAUCACAGAGCAUGAUAAAACUUAACAAACUCACAAUAUACUAAACAUCAUACACACUAAAAAAAACUUUGUAACUUUACCAGAUCGACAAAUUAAAUACAUAACAGACACAUUACAAGCUGAAUCAAGGCUUAACAGACACAAUACAAACAUAUAUAAACCAUAAGAAACACAUUAUAACCCAAACAGACUCAUUAAACACGUAAUUCUUAACAUCAAUCCUGCAAUCUCUACAACAGUUUAACACUUAAAUUAUAAUUCCAGAGACUUACCACUAGCAGCAAACAAAGCUACAAACUACUAACAGACACAAUGAAAUAUAUGCAUCACUAUCAGAUAAAACUAACUUGAGAUACAUCGUUACAAUUCAAUAGACAAAUCACAGAACGUUCACAAACAGUUCACACUUACUGUAAAGGAAUUUCAUUCAUUCGCAAAUUUUACGGUUAAGCCAUAUAGGCUGACGACAUCAAUCAUUCAGCACACCAUGCAGACCAUCUAGAGAUUGUUAUCAAUCAAUAAUCGCAGUCAAGUUAUAAAAAUCAUAAGCAAGCGCAUAGCAUACAGCUUACUUAACAGUCAGACCGACAAACACACAACCAAUGUAUGUAUGUGUUUGCCCAGUAAAAAACACAUACAUACAUUGGUUGUGUGUUUGUCGGUCUGUCUGUUAAGUAAGCUGGUGUGUGUGUCUUUGUUUAGAUAGACACACUUUAUUUACUGGUGUGUCAGUGUAAAGACAGAAACACAUACUUUCGUGUUUCUCCCUGAGGGGAGAAAGGCGAAAGUAUGUGUUUCUGUCUAUACACCGACACACAGUAAACAAUGUGUGUCUAUAGACAGAAACACAUACUUUCGUGUUUCUCUCUAAAGGGAGAAAGACGAAAGUAUGUGUUUCUGUCUCAGCACAGACACACAGUAAAUAAAUUGUGUCUAUAGACAGAAACACAUACUUUCGUGUUUCUCUCUAAAGGGAGAAAGACGAAAGUAUGUGUUUCUGUUUCAGCACAGACACACAGUAAAUAAAUUGUGUCUAUAGACAGAAACUCAUACUUUCGCGUUUCUCUCUAAAGGGAGAAAGACGAAAGUAUGUGUUUCUGUCUCAGCACCGACACACAGUAAACAAAGUGUGUCUAUAGACAGAAACACAUACUUUCGUGUUUCUCUCUAAAGAAAGAAAGACGAAAGUAUAUGUUUCUGUCUCAGCACCGACACACAGUAAAUAAAUUGUGUCUAUAGACAGAAACACAUACUUUCGUGUUUCUUUCUUUAGAGAGAAACACGAAAGUAUGUGUUUCUGUCUCAGCACAGACACACACAUAAAAAAACCAGGUGUACCCUUUUAUGGAAACAGAUACACCUAUUCUAUGUUUUUACCAUAGUGUAGCAACACAGAAUCCAAAACAACACACUUAAACCUAACAUAUUUAUCGUUGUAUAGAGAAUGAGAGAGAGAGAGAGAAAGAGGGAGUGACUCGUAUUUUUGUAUCACUCAGCGUCGACAAAAAAUAUAUACUUGUUGUGUCUGACUCAGAGGCGUAGCCACCCUUCCCGGCGCCCGGGGAUAAACUUUCGAUUUGCACCCCCCCCCCAUCGAACUUUUCUUUCAUUUGCACCCCCCGCCCUUCAAACUUUCGAUUUACACCCCCCCUCGAACUUUUCUUUUGCACCCCCCCCCCUCAAACUUUCAAUUUGGCGCCCCCCCUAAGGUCGGCGCCAGGGGAUAUAUGUCCCCCUUCGCCCCCCCCCCCUCGCUACGCCUCUGGUCUGACUCUACACAAUGUAAACAAACAAAAUGGUGUCUGUGUAAUACUAAAUAACAGAUUACAACAUUGAAACUUUUGCUGCAAUAGAAAAUGAACCUUGUCAGGUGUUACCAUACACCCAGAUAGAAACAACAUACACACAACGUACACGUGUGUUCCGUCCGCAACACACGUGUAAAUUGUGUGUAUGUUGUUUCUAUCUGGUUGUAUGGUAAGUUAGCUGUUCGUGCUUUUAUGCAGACAGAUGGUCUUGCGUAUAAUAUAUAUAUAUAUAUAUAUAUAUAUAUAUAUAUAUAUAUAUAUAUAUAUAUAUAUAUAUAUAUAUAUAUGUGUGUGUGUGUGUGUGUGUGUGUAUACACUUGCAAUGGAAAUAGAGCAUCUAUUUUUAAAUGCCGAUGAUUUUUAAAACUAUAUUAUAACAAAACAACUUUUUUACAUAUGUAUCUUGUAAAUACGAUGGCAUCAAUUUAUGCUUAAACCAUUAUUGAAGAAAAAUGUAUUUCUGGUUUAUGUGUUCUCGUCAUUAUGUACUUGUUGUAUAUUAAAAGAAAUAUUAAUGUUGUUAUAUACUUUAUUGCUUAAAAUUAAUGUGAUUUUUAGAAAAAACUAAAUUACAUUUUACAAUGUUUACUAUCGUUUACUAUAGUGUUUUGUAUGCUUAAUUAUUCUUAAAGAUUUUUUUCAUUAUUAAAAAUUAUAUUUUUAGUAAUUGAUUAUAUAUAUAUAUAUAUAUAUAUAUAUAUAUAUAUAUAUAUAUAUAUAUAUAUAUCGUUCGUUUAGUAUUCUAGAUCUAUUUUAUCACCAUUAUCUUUACUGUUAUUAUUUCAACUCAGAAUAUUUUUAUUACUUUUUUGCAAUAUGAAAAUAAUUUACAUUAAUUUUUAAGGAUGUAAUGGCUUUGAAAUGUUUGUUUAAACCAAUAAAAUAAAGUAUUACAAAUUUCAAGUGAACUGAAUUGUACGUAAAUUGUACGUAUGUGGCAAAAUUAUACUUACAAUAUUGAAAUCCACUAAGUUGCUACUGUAAAUAUAUACAUAUAUUUUAUUAUUUUGUUUAUUAAUUACCUACUUUAUUUUUGUUUUUCUUGCAAUUGACGUCGUUUUAAGGACCUUUGAACAACGAUAAAGAGUUUUAAGGUGAUGAUAUUAGGCAUGAAAUGCUGGUUCCAAAUGGUUCCCACUUUUGGUUGCCAGAAAGCAUAUUUUUCAACAAAAAUUGAAUAGGCCUAUUUGUGUAAUAAGCACAAAAUCACUUCCGGUUUUAUUAAGGCUAGAAAUAGUCCAACAAAUAAAUACUAGUAAUAUAAUAGUAAUUUAGCAAACACUUUUAUUUUUAAUAUGUAUUAGUAGAGUCUGUGUGUUGUGGUGAUUGGGGAUGUUAUAUUAUUUAAUACAUAUACAAUACUAGGCUAUACACCAUAGAUCACUAUUGUGUAUUUUAUCAUGGAAUAAAAUUGUUCUAACUUCUUGUUUUACUCUCCCUGGUCAUUCCGGUUGACUUUAAGGAGAGGUUGACGGCAGUCUUUUUUUACUUUCUCGUAUAUACGUAGUAUAGAGAAAGUAUUGUAAUCGUGCAAAAAAAAAUCGAGAUUUUUACAAAUCUCGACGUUUUACACCUCACUGAUACGGAAAAACAUAAUUUUGCAAUCUUGUCCGUAUGUCUGUGUGUGUGUCUGUGUGUCUGUGUGUCUGUCUGUGUGUAAACACGAUAACUUGAGUACCGUUACAGCUAGGUUGAUGAAAUUUCAUAUAUAAGUAUUAUAUCAAAAUCGUAGAUCCGUAUCAACUUUUGAGCGAUUUCCGACAACCGGAAGUGGUACUUUUUCUACUUUGAAUUUUUCAAAAGCCUAUAACUUGAGUACUAUUUCAGAUAGAUAAAUGAAAUUUCACAUGUAAGUAAAAGAUCUAAUUCUCUACCUUCUGUUAACUUUUGAGUAAUUUCCGUUGAUCGGAAGUAGUAAUUUACGCUACUUCCGAUUUCUCAAAAAACUAAUGUAAAUUUUAAAAGUACUAAUAAUAUUGCGCACUAUUAUGCGCUUUUUACUUUCUCGUAUAUACGUAGUAUAGAGAAAGUAUUGUAAUCGUGCAAAAAAAAAAAUCGAGAUUUUUACAAAUCUCGACGUUUUACACCUCACUGAUACGGAAAAACAUAAUUUUGCAAUCUUGUCCGUAUGUCUGUGUGUGUGUGUCUGUGUGUCUGUGUGUCUGUCUGUGUGUAAACACGAUAACUUGAGUACCGUUACAGCUAGGUUGAUGAAAUUUCAUAUAUAAGUAUUAUAUCAAAAUCGUAGAUCCGUAUCAACUUUUGAGCGAUUUCCGACAACCGGAAGUGGUACUUUUUCUACUUUGAAUUUUUCAAAAGCCUAUAACUUGAGUACUAUUUCAGAUAGAUCAAUGAAAUUUCACAUGUAAGUAAAAGAUCUAAUUCUCUACCUUCUAUCAAUUUUUGAGUAAUUUCCGUUGACCGGAAGUACUAAUUUACGCUAUUUCCGAUUUCUCGAAAAACGCAUAUAAAUUUAUAAAGAACUAAUAAUAUUGCGCACUAUUAUGCGCUUUUUGCUUUGGCGUUCACUUGGUGCGCAAUGUUUUUUUCUACUAGAUUUUAUUCUAUUUUUAAAAGUUUAAGUAAACAAAAAUCAUGUCUAUAUUCCGAGUUGCCAUCCCACGUAGUGUUAUAUUAGAAUAUUCGAGAAAGUUUAGGGGAUAUCACUCCCGGUUUAUUUAUUUCGUGUUGACUUGGUGUGCAAUUAAUUUGUCUACGAGAUUUUAUUCUAUUUUUAAAACUUUAAGUAUUUAAAAUGGAUUAAAAAUCAUGUCUAUAGCCCGAGUUCCCAUCCCCUGUUAUUUUAUAUAAGAAUAUUCGAGAAAGUUUAGGGGAGAUCACUCCCGGUUUAUUUAAUACUUGAAUUGAUAGAAUAAUUCUAAAUAACUUUUCAGCGGCUUAUAUUCAAUACAAAAAUAUAAAAAUGAGUGUAGUCGAUGGUUCCCAAACAACUUUAAGUUUUUUUUAAAUGUAGUUAUAAUUUUAUCGCUUGCCAUAUUUUUAAAGAUUUUUCAAAAACAAAUAGUAUGAUUACAUCGACUUUUCAAGACUAUUAUAAUCAGGUAGAUCUAUAACUAUUUUUAAAAAACGCUUUUGUAAACUCGCAGUUUGCCUAAUACAGUGGUUAUGGUUUGUUGUCGUUUGUAUUAGUUUUGGAGUUAGCUUUAGGGCUAAAUAUAUUUACUAUUUUUGCAUGUAUACAUUCAUUGGGAAUUAAAUAUAUUCCCAAGACCCGGGCAGCGCCAGGAAUAUCAUGCUGAUAAAAUACAAAUCACGGUCCUUUACAGAUAUUUUUUUACAAAAGCCAGUGCAAAGCCUGGCCGGGACGGCAUGUUUCUAUAAUAAUUGUCUACACUCAUGUCAGUCAACAUCAGUUUUUUUUAGGAUAGGAACUGAUUGCCACUGUGUUCUAGUGCUUGUGUUUUAAACUGUUCAGAAGAGACUGUGUUUCUUAUUGGAUUUCUGUAUCGUGUAAACUGUUCAUUAAAGUUUUAUUAUUGUUGCUUUUAAAAAA